AUGAGUAAUUUAUUUUUCAAAAUGCAUUUGUUCAUCUUCUUAUUGAUAUGGCGUGUUAUUUCGCUUGUCAAUGGAAAGCCUCAAGAAACGAGCUGUAGUAAGAAUGUUCCUCAGGACAUUGAAAACGCAAUUGUUGAUGGCGUGAAACAUGCACAGAAAUAUUAUUUUGGAUGGUCACUAGAAGUAGUUUAUGAUUGGCCGUCUAGACCAGAACUGGCACGAACAGAAAUGGCGUAA